CUUGCCUUGUAUCGUGUGUUGCUAGCAAAAUUGUGAUAUUGUGAUUUGUGGGCGAUUAAUGAAUUAAUAUUUAAUAAAAAUGUUUAAAAAAUUAAAAAAAAAUAAACCCCAACAUAAUAAUUGAAUAAAAGCAUGUGGAAAGGGGAGAGGUGAUUUAGCCGGACGUUAGUGAAUUUAUGCAAAAGAGCAGCAGCGACAAAAAAUUCUGAUGAAUUCUUUCAUGUGCUCCAACAUUCUUUUGAAAAAUAUUCGAUGGUUAAUAAAAUAUAUACGUAACCAGAAGUGAAGUGUUAUCUUAAUUGGAAUUUGUUGCAGCCGUUCAAAUAGUCAUAAAGGAGAUUUUCGUCAUACGAAGACAACAGCGACAACAUCGGCGAGAGCAACGAUUAAGGCCGGCAAAAGCCAUACGCAGAACAAAAGAGGACGUCAUAAAGCAUAAAACAAAAAAGAAAAUCUUAAUAUUUCGUAUAGUGUGAUGCAGUCAGUGCUUGAGGUGAAAUGAACAACAUCUGUCAAAGUGUCUUCUUGUGAAAAGUUAAAUUUUACGUUUUUUCCUUGAUUUUUUUUGGCUGUGCCAACAACCAACAGUGUUUCCGACACAAAUCACAUAUGCAACAUUGAGAACAAAUGAAGUGAAACUUGAAAGAAAAAAAAACGAGAUAUCACAAUCACUAUCGUUAGAAAAAUUGUGCGAAAUGAAUAUGAAGAUUAUUCAGAUUAUGCAUGAGAAACAAAAAUUCAAAUCAUUAUCAAUGUAUACUCUUAGUAAACGUAACAAGCAGAUGUUUACCAAUUAUCUAUUAGAAAACUUUACCACAAGUUCAUUAUUACUAGCCAUAAUUCAGCAAUUAAUAGAACAGUUUCAAAUUGUUGUUAACAUUCAAACAGAAAUUUGUCAUUCAGUUGCCCAUUUGGUUUUGUAAAACCCCCAGCAAAGUGACACAAUAUUCGAAGGAAAGGUGCAAGAACAUUCAAGUGAUAGCUAAAAUAAAAACAAAAAAAAACAAAAAGCAUCGAAAUACGUAGAUACCGUAGAAGACUAAAACUAAACAAAAAAAAAAAAGAGUGCAUACAUUUUAUUACACUUGAGCUAAGCAAACUCUAUUCAAGUAACUACAAAAUACUUAAGCGAUUCUUGUAACGCUUAUUGAAGUUUCUUUUGUGAAUUUUCGUUUAAAUCGUAAUGCAUUCAGUUCAAAGUGGUAAAAAUCAAUUAAAGCUCAGAAGUAGACAACGAAGACGUCGUACCACAGCAGUCGCAACAGCCUGCAAACACGCAUCGUCGGCCACCGCAAAGGCAUCUUCGCCAUUAUACGCAAUAUUCUCUGAUAAAUCAGUUCCCAAAGCAGCCAAUGUUGUUCAUGGCAUUGUAGUAUCGAAUCUGUCUCUGGUAUUGUUGCAAAAGGAGUACAUUGAACAAUUCUACUUUGAGAAACGCAGCGGCGGGGGAGGACCCGAGGAUCCAGAUAUAGAAAAACUCGGUUUUGUCCCAGCCGCAAACGGUGGAGCAUGUAACUGUUGUCAUCUAAUGCCCGACUUACGUUAUGGAUGAUUGAUAACCAAGCAUCUCAACGAUUGGUUUGCAAAGUUAUCUCAUUUAAAAGUCAAUUAUAACGUUUAUUGCAAAAGCAGCAGCAGCAGCAGUAACAGCGGCAGCAGCAGCCACAGUAAUCCACUUCCAGGCCUUAAAUAUCUGUUGGCCGAUUAUGCUUCUCUGAAAAGACAUCAACAACAACGGCAACAGCAACAGCAUCAUCUUCAUCAAUUGAAACGUCGACGUUUGAAAACACGCUCUCGUAAUCGCUAAACAAGUCCCAAAAGCAUCGACUAUUGUUUUUAACUCAAAUGUAAAAACAAAAGCGGAAACUAUUUUUGAAACCCCUCGUGAACAUCUGAAGAAGGUAUUGGGGACGAAGAAGAAGCCUAUGUUAUAAGCAUCCCGGCAUCAAAGGCAAGAUAUAGAUCGAUUGCAUUCUAUCGCCUCACCGUCAUCUGGUUGAUUGGUUCUUCAAAGUCUUUCCUCCAAUUGUUGUUGUGUAUCGCAUUUCAUUCUUCAACUUUUCAAAAUGGAACUCAGUCAACCCAAAGAAUUGUUAAAUUGUAAGCAGAAAUACAUAGGGGAAUGUAAUGCAAGUUGUAUCGUCAGUUUUGAAUACGAUAUGAGCCGAGAUUGCCACGUUGCUAAUGUACGGGUUGCUGCUGCAGGAGCCAGGAAACUGCGAAGCUGACAUUAUCUACUGCUCUAUGAAAGCCCCAGCUGCUGCAGUACUAUAUAGCGUCGUAUAUAAUCACACAAAACUAUACACGAAAUAAAAAAAAAUAUAUCAAAAAGAGACCUUAAAAAAACGAAAAAAACAACAAAAAAUUGCUAGGAAAGCGGAAAUUUUCAAGAAAAAAAAAACACUUUUUGUAUAAAUAACCGAUUUUAAGAAACCCUAAAUUAAAGACAAAAAAAAGGAAUAUAAAGAAACUCAAAAUAACUAAAAAUCUCAAAAUAAAGAAAGUGAAACGCACGCGCACAUUUUCAAAAUGCAAGGAUAUAUGUCUUUGAAGGAUGCCGCCGAGCAUAAUUCAGCACCUUCAACUGUAGGUCUAACCAAUGGCUAUGAUUUAAUAGAGUCUUCGACGCAGGCAGUAGAUGCAGUGGAUCAUAUCCUUUUAGAAGCCAUGCCCCACUUAAAGGCAAAUCUCACCAAUACUCCCACUACCCAACAUUAUACAAACAAAGCAAAUGUGGCAAAACUACAAUGGUGGAAUACUCCAACGCCUCUUUUAACAAUCGAUUCAUUUAAUAAGCAACCUCUGAAUGGGUCUGCAUCACCAACCACUCCAUCGCCAUCGUCUAAAUCAGAAUUGAAUUUUUCGUCUCCUCACCACCAGCAACGUCACCACAACCACCACCACCACACUAGUAAUAGUUCGUUAAAUCUUAAAGGAACGCCAACUAAGCACAGUCAUCAACACCAUCAUAGUCAUCAAACGACGCCCCAUAACUAUGCGCAUGAUGGUGAUGGGGAUAUCUCUCCAUUGUCGAACAGCGCCAGCAGCUCACGUCACAAAAUUCACAAUCACUCUGCAACUAGCGAUGACAAAUUAUCGCCCAAAUUACUUUUAGCCAAUCAAUUUAGCAUAGAAGAAGAGCCUGAUGCUAAUAAAUUGGAUUCUCAACUACUUUUAAAUGAUAAAAAACCAUGCACUGGUUUAUUAAAUCCCAACGAAGAUGAUGAAAUGAAGAUAACCGGUUACCGCCGGUCACGCAUGCGUACGGCUCUAUGCUGGAUAUGCAUCUGCUUGACCGGCGGUCUUCUGCGUUUGAUAAUGCAUUGGUGGCGACACUGGUAUUUGAUGGCGACACAUGAGAUGUGCUCUCUGGAAGAUGCCGACAAAGUGUUGGUACAGGAGGAUUACAAAGGCAAUCAUAAAAUGUAUUAUGUGAAGCAGGUUCUAAACUUGGACAUAAAUACGUUAAGAGAGCAACAGUUGAAGCAAAAUAAACAGUCGUCGUCUUCAUCAUCAACUGCAUCCCCGCCAACAAAUAAAGAGGGUCUAGCGAAUGGUUGUAAUAACGUAGAUGCAACAGUGCCCGAUAUUGACGAAAAAAAUUUCCAUUUAUCGAUGCAUUUUGCAACAGGACAAUUUAAAUAUUGUUCAAGUGCCCGUAUAUUCAAUUGCAAACAGUUGCGAUACGCUUGGAAUGCGCAAACACAAACCUUUGACAAACUUCAAGGUUUAGAUGUCGACAUAUCGAAUGCAUAUUUUCAUCAACAGCAUGGCUUGAGCCAUCAAGAGCAAGUGGCUAGGCGAUUGGUAUAUGGGCCAAAUGAAAUCACAGUUCCUUACAAGGAUGUUAAAACAUUGUUGUUCUUAGAAGUACUUAACCCAUUUUAUGUUUUCCAAAUAUUUUCGGUGAUAUUGUGGUUCGCCUACGACUACUACUACUAUGCCUGUGUUAUAGUGUUGAUGUCGGUAUUUGGCAUAACCAUGUCUAUUGUGCAAACAAAAAAGAAUCAAGAUGCUCUCCGAGAGACGGUGCAGAAUACGGGUACAGCCCUGAUUGUGGGAGAAAGAGGAGAGGUGCAAGAGCUACCCACGCAACGUCUGGUGCCGGGUGAUAUUAUCGAAAUACCCUCAAGUGGAUGCAUCAUGCAAUGUGAUGCUGUUCUAUUGUCCGGCAAUUGUAUCCUUGAUGAAGCUAUGCUAACGGGUGAAAGUGUGCCAGUCACAAAAACUCCCUUGCCUUCAAAACGAGAUGUUGUCUUCGACAAGAAGGAGCAUGCACGCCACACACUCUUCUGUGGCACCAAGGUCAUCCAGACGCGUUACAUUGGCUCGGAAAAGGUUCUGGCCCUUGUCAUCAAUACGGGCAAUAUAACGGCUAAAGGCGGCCUAAUACGUUCGAUCUUGUAUCCACCCCCAGUUGAUUAUAAAUUUGAGCAGGACUCUUAUAAGUUUAUUGAAUUUUUGGGUGUAAUUGCUUUAAUUGGAUUUGUAUAUACGCUAAUCAGUAAGAUCAUGAGAAACGUUGAUCCAGUGAAAAUUGCCGUUGAAUCUCUGGAUUUAAUAACUAUUGUUGUGCCACCGGCUCUACCCGCAGCCAUGACAGUUGGAAGAUUUUACGCGCAAAAACGUUUGGAGCGCAACAAUAUCUAUUGCAUAUCGCCGCGAUCGAUAAAUGUUGCAGGCAGUAUUGAUUGCUGUUGUUUCGAUAAGACGGGAACACUGACCGAGGAUGGCCUCGAUAUGUGGGGUGUUGUGCCAAAAUCUGCAACAAAUCAGUUCCAAAUUCCUAUUAAACAGAUUGAACGUUUACCAUUUGAUCACUUUCUCUUUGGCAUGGUUACCUGUCAUUCCAUAACCAUUAUGAAUAAUAAAAUGAUGGGAGAUCCGCUGGACUUGAAAAUGUUCGAAUCGACUGGUUGGAUUUUGGAAGAUGCCCAAGGUGUGCCGGAUACCCAAAAAUAUGGUUUACUGCAUCCGACCGUUGUUAGGCCACCAAAAACGGAAAAUCCAUCAGUGGACGAUGACGAACAUAAAAUGGUUGAACGUCAAUCAUCGGUGGAUGAUUUGCUGUCUGAUGUCGGUUUGCUGAACGGUGAGGCCGUCAAUGAUCAUGGCAUAGUACGCGAAUUCCCUUUUACCUCCAACCUUCAGAGAAUGUCGGUGAUAACCAGACGUUUAAGUGAAAAGCAUUUCAAUGUGUACUGCAAGGGUUCCCCGGAAAUGUUGCAGCAGUUGUGCAUACCUCAAAGUAUACCGGAUAAUUUCUCACAACAAUUAUCUGUGUAUGCCAAACAAGGAUAUCGUGUUAUAGCCUUGGCCUACAAACCACUGAGUACCAAAGUUAAUUAUACCAAAGUACAACGUUUGCCUCGCGAAAGUGCUGAAAGUGAUUUGCUGUUUCUGGGAUUUGUUGUCUUGGAGAAUCGCCUCAAACCAGAUACUUCCGACGUCAUAGGAGCCCUAACUAAGGCCAAUGUACGCACUAUUAUGGUAACGGGCGACAACAUUUUGACAGCCUUAAGUGUAGCCCGCGAUUGUGGCAUAGUCAGCUCCAAUCAGGCUGUGGUUACAGUUAAUGUACGCCAAAAAGCGGAUGCAGAAGUUUGCGAGCAUAACGAAACGGCAGAUCACAAUAACUAUGAGUUGUAUUAUACCUUGGAUUUGGGCAGUGCCUCGUGCGCCUCUACCUCAUUAACUAAUGGUAAAACUAAUGGCACUCUGACCUCAUCCAAUACCAAUGACUCCAUGAACUAUGACACCAACUACCAUCGUUUAAAUGGCGAUGUGGCCUCCUUGUCUAGUGCGGCAUCUAUAACCAUGCCGAAUAGCAAAAGUUGCGGCAGUGUGGAAACUGUAGAUACUUGGACCCACAAUGAUGUCGAAUUAGGUCUAACUACUCCCCUAGAUGGUGAACCACAUGUGCAAGCAGCAGCGCUUUCGGAUAAAAAGUGGCGAGAUAACUACCGAUUUGCCAUGGUUGGUAAAACUUGGCAAAUUGUCAAAGACCAUUAUCCGGAAUUGCUAUCAAACUUUUUGUCGCGUGGCGUCAUUUAUGCUCGCAUGUCGCCUGAGCAGAAACAAGCCCUAGUAGUGGAAUUACAGGGUCUAGAUUAUUGUGUGGCCAUGUGCGGAGAUGGUGCUAAUGAUUGUGGUGCCUUAAAAGUUGCCCAUACCGGCAUUUCGUUGAGUGAGACAGAGUCUUCGAUUGCCUCGCCUUUUACCUCGCGCAACCCUACCAUUGCAGCUGUGCCCAACGUCAUAAAGGAGGGACGUGCGGCAUUGGUGACCUCAUUUGGCAUUUUCAAAUAUAUGGCUGCCUACUCAUUGGUACAAUUUGUAUCGGUUAUGAUUUUAUACUCCAUCGAUUCCAAUUUGACAGAUAAACAGUAUUUAUACGUAGAUUUGGGUUUAAUAUCCAUUUUUGCAUUUUUCUUUGGUAAAACGGAGUCAUUCAAUGGACCACUAGUCAAACAGGUGCCUCUCUCAUCUUUAAUAUCGCUGACACCUUUGGUCUCGAUUGUGUUGCAUUUGUUGGUGGCAAUUGCAUUCCAAGUGACAGGUUGGUUUCAUGUGCAUCAUCAAGAUUGGUUUGAGCCCUUCGAGCACAGCAAUGACGAACAUCUGGGCUGUUGGGAGAACUACACAAUAUUUGCCAUAUCAAGUUUUCAAUACAUCAUCUUAGCAUUUGUGUUUUCCAAAGGUGCUCCCUAUCGCAGGCCCAUAUGGUCUAAUUUACCAUUUUGCCUAACACUUGUUGUCAAUUUGUGCAUUGUUAUCUAUCUGUUGAUCUAUCCACCGGUCUGGUUGUCUGAUUUUUUCCAAUUGAUUUUACCGCCCGAGAUGCCCUUCCGCUAUUGGAUGCUGGUAUAUGGAGCAGGCAGUUUCGUGGCACACGUGGUCAUCGAAACUCUAGUCGUAGAGUAUUUGCUAUUCAAGAAAUUCCAGGCUCGUAGAGACAAUGAUGCUCGCACCUCAAGUCGUCGCUACAUGCAAAUUGAAUAUGAUUUGAAAUUCUACAAGAACUGGCCACAAAUCACCGAGGUGGUUGAAUCUAAUCCAGUUGAUAGUCAUCAGAAUAAAAUAAAUCCAGCCUACUUUGAAAUAAGUGCGGAACAAAAUUUCGAUACUCCCGUUUCGGAUGAUAACAAUCCAUUGAAUAGUUUCUUUGAGAUGGAUCCAAUGACUCCCACAUCUACUGAAGCACCCCUAGCUCUGUCACACAUAGACAACAAGUAUACCACAAAUGCCUCUGCCGACGUCACCUCUUCCCCUAAUGCAACAACAGCAACAACAAACGCUGUUGCUGCCAAUAAUUAAAACCAGUUCUAUAUUAGAAGUGAUCAUAACAGAAAAGAUACAAAAAAAAAAAAACACACUUUGUGAGGAAAAA